UUGUUCAGUGGAAAACCGAACGGCAAAGUCAUUAGCAUUAGCGAAUUCAUAGACUGCGAGGCGGCAGAAUUCGUCUUUCAUCAAAAACUUGUUGUCACUUGCACCGGUCCGGUGGUCAUUUUCGAACCAUUUCUGACAGACAAGCACAGCAACUUCGUUACUUUUGUGGUACUUUUGCGAACUCAGAGUACGUUGUGGUCGAACGAGCUCGAUGACGUCAGCUGGACAUACACAGUGAGGUUGAGGACGCAAAUUACUUUGCCUUACAACUCAACAUUAUCGCGGCUGGUUCGUCACUUGAUGACCAAUUACAACAAGAACAUGCGACCCGUGUUACAUCCUGCUGAUACGCUGAAGGUGGAAAUUCAAAUCGCCCCGCAUCAAAUCAUCAAUGUGGACGGGAAGCGUAACCUUAUCGAAAUAUCUGGUUCAUUUGAAAUGGUACUGCUUGUAGAUUUUAAUAAAUGAUG